UAAUACACUGUGCCCGCCACUCAGUAAAGUAUGACAUAUGAACUGCAAUCAUUUGAGAUAUUGGAGCUUGCUAAAAGCCUGUACUAGUACAUUUACAUUGAAUAUUCUAGCAUUGAUAAACCAGAAAUUAAGAUGACAUCCUCAGAUGAGACAAAUAAGAUCACAUGCCUGGAGGAAGAAAAGCUACAAAUAACUUCUUCAGAUGAGAUUAAUUCAAUGGAACACCAACAGAUAGAUAGUCAUAGCAAAUUUGAACAUUUAAGAGACAGACAUUGGAGUGAUUGUCUAUCUUUCAGAAAUGAUCUAGGCAACAACAAUGAUCCAACCAAGAUGAUUAAAGAUACAAAUGCUACAAAAUUCCCACCUGAUGUUAUUGUGGAAAAUACUAGCAAAGAUGUAACCAAUGAUGACCUGACUGAGCAAGAUACACACCCAGUUAGUGCAGAUUUCAUCAAGUCACAGGGCAAUAGAGAAGAGAAUGUCAAUAUAAAGGUAGAACCUGAUCAAGUCAAUGGUCUUGAAGAUGAACAUGAUAAUGUGGAUGAUACAAACAGAGUUGACAAUCAAGUGAAACAAGACAUUAAACAUGAACUUCAAAACUGUCAAUCAUUUGCUCAUUUUGAUAACACGGCUGAUGAAAAUACUGAAACAAUUGAUGAAAAUUCUGAAACGAUGAAUCAAAAGAACCCAACAGUAUCACUUUGUAGAUUAUCAGAAGCAGAUAUAAAGCUUCUUAAGUCCAGGAAAUACACCUCAAAGAGGAGAAUAUGUUCAUUGAUGUCGAAAACGCAACCAACUCUUAACCAAGAUCACAAAGGAGAAAGACUGUUCAGAUGUAACAUAUGUUAUGAAGCAUUUUAUGAAAUCUCUAAUCUUUCUAAGCACAUCGCUGGACAUCUAAAGCAAGCCAAGAGUAGUGUUAAAGCUUUUAAAUGUAACCU